AUGCUCCACAACGACGACGGCGACAGCAGCAACUCCAGUUUCUCCGACGAAUUCUCGCCGUCGGCUAAUCUGAGGAAGUUCAUAAUCUCACCUUAUAAUCCACGUUACAGGGCAUGGCAGAUGUUCCUAAUCCCGCUUGUUAUUUACUCGGCGUGGAUUUGCCUCUUCGAACUGGCAUUCCUAAGAUAUUUGCCUGGGAAACUCUUGUUGCUCGAGCAUAUCUUGAACAGCUUGUUCGCCAUCGAUAUCGUUCUGACCUUCUUCGUUUCUUAUCUCGAUCCCAGAUCCUAUCUCUUGGUUGAUGAUCCAAAGAGAAUUGCAGCUAGAUACUUGUCCUCCGGGUUCAUCUUGGACCUCUUGUCUACUGUUCCAUUCCAUGCGAUCAGCUUUCUGUUUGAAAGAAAUGACAAUGUUAAUUUUGGAUUCAAGAUACUGAAUCUGCUCAAGCUAUGGCGGCUCUGGAGGGUAAGUUCCUUAUUCUCCAGGUUUGAGAAGGAUAUCAAAUUCAACUAUUUCUGGACUCGAUGCACGAAGCUAGUCUCUGUGACUGUCUUCGCCGCGCAUUUCGCCGGGUGCCUCAACUAUCUGAUCGCCGAUCGGAACCCGAACCCCAGCAGAACAUGGAUAGCUUUGGCGAUGCAGGACUUCCGAUCGCAGAGCCUGUGGAGAAGAUAUGUCACCGCGAUGUAUUGGUCGAUAACGACCUUAACGACCACCGGCUAUGGAGAUUUGCACGCGGUGAACACCGGUGAAAUGCUGUUUGACGUCUUCUACAUGCUGUUUGUUCUCGCUCUGACUUCCUACAUCAUCGGCAACAUGACCAACCUCAUCGUCCAUUGCACCAGCAGCACUCGGAACUUCAGGGACACAGUGCAGAGUGCUUCCGAGUUUGCAGAGAGGAACAAGCUGCCGAAGCAAAUGAAGAACCAAAUACUCUCCCACAUUUGCUUCAGGUUCGAGACGGAAGAGCUGAAGCAGCAACAGAUAUUGAGCAAUCUCCCGGAGGGGAUGCGAUCCAGCAUUGCCUGCAACUUGUUCUUCCCAGUCGUGCAGCGAGCUUACCUCUUCAAUGGAGUUUCCUUCGACUUCCUCUCUCAACUCGUUCCCAAAAUGGAGGCUGAGUUUUACCCUCCGAGGGAAGAUGUUGUACUGCAAAAUGAGGCUCCCACUCACCUCUACGUAAUGGUAUCCGGAGCAGUCGAUUUGAGAAUAAAAACUGAUGGAAGUGAACAAAUUUGUGCAAGGCUCACUAGAGGAGAUGUAUUUGGGGAGGGAGCAGUUCUAGGCGGCACGCCACAGCCGUAUGCUGCACGCACCGUUGAGCUCUCACAGAUUUUGAGGCUGAGCGGCAUUACAUUCUUGACAAUGCUCCGAGAGAAUGUGGAACUGAGUAAAGUUAUAGCAAACAACCUUUUAGAGAAACUGAAACUGGAACAAAGAUCGACAAAGAGUAUUGCUCAAGAAGAACGAGUUCAGAAAUCUAUCCGCUCAAAUCUUCAUGAAAAGAUCAACAAAGGAUAUUGCUCGAACGGCGUUGUUACUUCAGCUGCUGGCAGAAAACGAGCCGUCAUUCACAUUGCCAGAGAACGGAUUGGGAAGCUCAUCAACUUACCGGAUUCUUUUGAAGAGAUCUUCAAAAUUGCAGGUGAAAAGUUUGGCUGUCUAGAGCCAUCGAAGGUGAUGAGCCAAGAUAACGCAGAGAUCGAAGACAUUGAUGUUCACCAAAGACCACGUCAUCCCGGAGUCUACGCGGAGUCAGCGGAGAGCGUCACGCCCCUAGCGUCCAUCUACUCAACUCCCGGACAGGAUCAAAUUGGCGUUGUGUGUGGGAACGCAACUGAAUCUGGAGCCGAGGUGAUGGAAGAAGCUGGACAUCAACAUACCGUGACGCUCUCCCAAGAAGAGCUCGGCGCGCUCAUUCAGGCGCGAGCAGCGAAGAUAGUGGAGCAGCAGCAAAAGACUCACGCCGAGCGGUUGGCACAGCAGGCCACCUCAGCAUCAGGGGGCCGAGCGGCACCAGAAGACCGACCGGAGCAAUUUUCCACAUGGGCGCAGAAUAGAGGGCAGACCGGCACACCAGAAGAAACACUGCUGCCCCUAUUCCCUUCCAUUGGGCCCUAUUCCAGACUCCUUCCGAGUUGGCCCAAGCCAACCAGGGAUCAUCCAAUGAAGCGCCCCGUGCGGGAUGCUAAGAAAGGAAAGGCGCCUUGA